CCCAAUACAAACCUUAGGGGUAACACCUAGAAACUGAAGACGCAACAUGGAAGAACGUGCUAAGAUUCGUUUCCAGACGAACUAGUUCAAGGUACUUCUCGAGAACUCUCCGAGAGAAAACUUGACAUAUUCUAAAGGAUCAAGGACAGUAUCUCACUAUAAUUUACCUAAUUCCCUUCUCUUUUACCGUUAAAUAUUCCUAGGGUCUUACCUGGAGGCAUCGGUGAUUCACUGCUUCUAGAUAUGGAAGCCCAUUAAACGAAAGAUUCUUCUAUUCCGUCCAGAACCAUUUGAACUAUUUGAAACAUUUAAUGUCAAGAUAUGAAAAGCAGUAAAAAAUGCAGGUGAUGGUUAAGAGAUUCAAAAUGACCCGGAGAAAUUAUCUGAACGGCCUAGAAUUCAACAGUUGCCAAGUGAGAGACCACCAUUGACACUAAGAUAUUGCCUACUGUAUCUUUUGGCGGAAAAUUCGUUCUGUGUUCAAGAAGUAAUUGUUCCUACAAUGGAUCUCGUCAAAGCAGAAAUAGCGAGGCAACGUGAGAAGCUAGUUAACAGCGGAUUGUGUGAUAAAAAGUUCUUUAAGCGUUCACUGUUAAAACAAAAGGAAGAAGAGGAAUAUUUCAGCAAAUCCAAGCGCAUUAAAGAACAAGCGAACAACAAUGAGGAUUAUAAUUUUAGAAUUAAAACAGAGGAGGAGGAUCUCUUGUUGAAAAAGUUCGAAGAAAGAAGUCGGGAAGAAAGAGAAAAAGGGAAGCUUAUGCCUCGUAAAGAAGUUAUUCGUCUUCUAAGGGAACGUAAUCAACCCAUACGAUUAUUCGGUGAAAGUGACUAUGACACUUUCCAACGGUUGAAAAGGGUUCAACUUUUAGAACCUGAAUCAAAAGGAUUGCGCAAUGAUCUAAUUGCAGCAUUAGAUAAGUUAGAUGACGCUGAGGAUGAAGAGUUUUAUACCUCAGGUCGUGGAAAAUCAGCUUCUGAAUCUCAGUCCGUUGAUAGCUCAUCAACUUCUACCCUGGAUGUAAAAACAAAAGAAAAUGUAUUAACAGAAGACGAACUUGAGAAGAUAAAGAUAGAUUUAGCCCGUUAUGUCACAAUGAAAGAGGGUACUGCUACUGAUGACGCAACGACUGCGGUUGUUACUAUUAGUAAACUCGCCCCAGAUAUUGUAUGUACCAAUGAUUUUGACGAGGGGUUUCAUGAUCAAGUGAUCGAUCAUACCCUUCGCUAUUUGAAGUUCCUCUUGUCAAAAUGGGGUCAUGCUUUGAAUACUAGAACUAAAGAAGAAAAACUAUCUUAUUCUGGAAAAAUGGCUAGCGCAACAUAUACCCAAACAGUAGAGUAUAUUAAACCACUUCUUCGUACACUUCAGAAUAAUCGUUGCAAAGAUGAUAUUUUGAAUUCUUUGGUUAAAAUCAUGGUUUUGAUGAUUGAUCGGAACUACCUAAAGGCCAAUGAUGCUUAUUUAGAAUUAGCAAUUGGUAAUGCUCCUUGGCCGUUAGGUGUGACAAAUCAUGGUAUUCACUCACGUACUGCGCAAGAAAAAAUCUAUGCCAAAAACGUAGCACACGUUCUGAACGAUGAAACACAACGUAAAUAUAUUCAAGCUAUAAAAAGACUAAUGACACAAUGCCAAAAGUUUUUCCCAUCAGACCCUUCAAAAUCUGUAAAUUACAUGGGCACUGUGGGGUAAUUUACUAUAUUUCAAGUUCCACUCUUUCAUUCAAAACACAUUAGUGUACAUAAACUGAUUUUUUACUUAGUAAAGUUGUUUACUGCAUGUAAAUAUUACUGGUAUAAAUUUUGGAGAAAUCUUAAUAUUCCUGUUCAGACUACGUCACGUAGUUCUUCUAUAACAGCUUUGAUUGCUUGAAAGUCUUUUAUAUUAUGGUGCUAUAUAUUGUUGAUGGAUAAGUAGACAGUUUUUAUAAAUCUGGAAGCUUGAUAUGAUUAUCCACCUAAUUGCUCAAACUCCAUUAUGAAGAGUUCGAAACAUAUUAUAACUAGAAAAGCCAUUGUGUGGUGAAAUUUAGAACCAAUAGCAUCCCGAGUAAUUAGUCCAUUUUAUUUUCAUUCUAGG